ACCAGACAACAAGUUCCUGGAGAGACUGCAGGGGCAGCCGGUACAACUUCAUAAAGCCAGUAUCUAAGGAGGAAGAGAAGUAUUGUUCAACGCUGAACUCACACCAAAUGGGUGAGGAGCUGGUUGCUUGUGACGAGAAAGGCACAGCUCCACAGAACUGGCAACUUCCCAGUGAAUCUUUCUUACUAUUCUUACAAAAACACCGUGUGCAACUGGUAGAAGAUCUGGGAGACUGUAUUGAUUGCAUUGCUGAAAGAGGACUGCAAGAAAACUUUUUAUCCAAAGAUGAUUAUGAAGAGAUUGUGUAUGAACGAGGUCCUAGAAAUCAAGUGAGAAAAUUGCUGGAUAUUAUUUGCUGCCUUGGGGAAGAACAUGCGAGGUUCUUUUGUACCAUCUCCAAGCAAAUUAAAAGCACAAACUCAAAAAAGCAAGUUACUAAAAAUAAUGAAUAUCCAAAGCUGAUACAGAAGCACAAAGAUGUCCUCCUAAGACGAAAUGAAUACAUUAAAUAUUAUAAUUCUAGACAUGGGGAGAAAUACUGCUUCUCAGAUCACUUUGUUAAUCUUCUGCUUGUCAAUGGACAUUAUACUCUUGAAAUUAAGAAAAAUGAAUUGCUGACAUUUGGACAACAACGAAUUCAUCUCCAGAACAAAAAAGAAACAAAACUUGACUUAAGAUCAGACCAACUCUUGCAAAAACUACAUGAAAGAUGUGCUCCAAAGAGAAUCCUUGUUAGUGGCGUAGCAGGAAUUGGAAAAUCUGUCUUUGUUCAAAAAAUCUUAUAUGAUUUUGCUAACAAAAAGGCUUAUAGUAAAUUUGAUUUUGCAUUAAAUCUCACUUUCAGGGACCUCAAUUUAAUUAACAAGCCAACUACCUUGCGUGAAAUAAUUUGCAAAAAACAUGGACAUUUAUCUCAGAUCUUAGAUGAAAUUUUCAAUAAUAGCGAAAAGCUCCUUAUGAUCUUUGAUGGAUUCGAUGAAUUCAGAUUUUGCAGUCAAGUUGAUUUAGACCAAUAUGUAUUUGAUCCAGAUGAAAGAGCAGAGCUUCCACAAAUAUUCAGCAGCUUACUGAAGGGUGAACUUCUCCCUGAAGCAUCCAUUGUAGUCACCAGUAGGCCAACUGUCCUCAGCCACAUCCCUGUGGACUGUAUUGACCGCUUUGUUGUAAUUACUGGCUUCUCUGGCUUAGAGAUAGAAGAUUACUUCCAAAAAUUUUAUAGAGACAAUGUGAAGGGAACUGAAACAUUUGGAUAUGUCAGCGAAAAUCAUUUUUUGUUUACCUUGUGUUACAUACCAGCCUUCUGUUGGAUAGUCUGCAGUGUACUGAACGAAAGUUCUGCGCUUCACAUUGAACAGCCAAAAACAAUGACCGACAUAUAUUGCCACUACCUUGUGGUAUUAUUGAAAUAUCAUACACGUCAAGUAGAUAGCACUAAACAUGAAGCCAUGUUGAAUGCAAUUAUUGGUUUGGGUCAGCUUGCUUACAACUCUCUUUUACAACAUAAAACACUGUUUUAUGGGCAUGACUCCGAAAUUAUUAACGAACUGCCAAAUGAUAUUGUAAAUAGUUUUCUUGAUAACACAUUUGUCCAGGAGCUGGACUGUACAGAGAAUGUGCUUUCAUUCACACACCUUACCAUCCAGGAAUUCUUUGCUGCUUUUUAUUAUGCUUAUGAAGUCAACCUCUCCUAUGAUAUCAUGGAUACAAAAGUACAAGAGAAACUUAACAUUGGUUCCGGUCACUUGGAUUUAUUUAUUAGAUUUCUUUCUGGGUUACUGUCUGUUCGAAACCAAAGUAUAUUUCAGAAACAUCUAAGACUUAAUGGGAGCGAGAAAGUGGAGAGUUAUACCCUCUGGUUAAUUGAAUGUCUCAACAAGAGCUGCGAAAAGGGGUAUUUUAUUCUGAACCUUUUGCACUGUUUUUUUGAACAGCAAAGGAGUUGUUUGGUUCGUAGAAUAAAACCUGCUGUGUUACGUCUUAAUAUGAGUGACAGUAUAUUCUCACCCAUUGACCUGGAUGUGCUGACCUAUUUUUUGGGCCAUGUUGAUAUGGAUAUUGAAGAACUUGACUUGACAGCCACGCAUGUGAAUGCACACUACUUGACGGAGCUUCUACCCUAUCUAAAUCGGUGUAAACAAUUGUGGGUUGGAGAGAAUAAUUUGGACUUAGAAGCAAUAAAAGUCAUCUGUAAAGUCCUGGCAUCUCCUGAUUGUAAGAUGAAACAGCUGGGCCUUGGAUGGACUGAACUAGAAGACAAUGGAUUUUUAAUGAUCUAUAGAGCACUCAAGUACAACCAGAGCUUGGAAGGAUUAUGGGUUGAAGGGAAUUGCAUCAGCUACACUGCUGUGGAGGAGUUUUCAGAAAUACCCUCAUUCAACUCAACUUUAAAGUAUGCAGUGCUUCUAGGGAAUGAGCUAAAACCAGAUGAUUUAACAGCACUUGCGACAAAACCUCACAGAAGAGUCAUUGUUGCCCAGAUCGAUAAUGACUUUGGCCAGGAGUUUUGGAAGGGGUGGUGGGAUUGGAUAUUCCAAAGAUGCAAAAUGUGUAAUGAUGAAAAAAUUGUUGCAUUUCUCACAAAGGUGUACAGAGGACUUGGCCUUUGCCUAGGGAAAAACACUGGAUGGAUGGGUGAAUGGUAUAUAGAAUUAGAUAAUUUCCUGCAGGAAAGAAUAAUGAACUGCUCAAUUAACAACAUUAAGAAGAGGAUAGAGACUCUUAAGCAGAUGUUUUUAGAACAAUCAACAAACCUGUAAAACAGAUGAUCCAGAUGAUCAGUAAAGAACCUAAAUACAGACAUUUUCAAUGUUUAUUAUUUUUUUAUUAUUAUCAUCUUUUACUUAUACAGCACCAAAUAUUUACACAGCAUUUC